UGAAAGGUGUUCCCAGGGGUAGGGGCACCAGGAGCUAUGGCCCCGGGUCCUGCUAGCGCCAUGGGCAGCGGCUGCCGCAUCGAAUGCAUAUUCUUCAGCGAGUUCCAUCCCACGCUGGGACCCAAGAUCACAUAUCAGGUCCCUGAGGACUUCAUCUCUCGGGAGCUGUUUGACACGGUCCAGGUGUACAUCAUCACCAAGCCAGAGCUGCAGAACAAGCUCAUCACUGUCACAGCCAUGGAGAAGAAAUUGAUCGGCUGCCCUGUGUGCAUUGAGCACAAGAAAUACAGCCGCAAUGCCCUGCUCUUCAACCUGGGCUUCGUGUGUGACGCCCAGGCCAAAACCUGUGCCCUCGAGCCCAUCGUCAAAAAGCUGGCUGGCUAUCUGACCACACUGGAGCUAGAGAGCAGCUUCGUGUCCACGGAGGAGAGCAAGCAGAAGUUGGUACCCAUCAUGACCAUCUUGCUGGAGGAGCUAAAUGCGUCAGGCCGGUGCACUCUGCCCAUCGAUGAGUCCAACACCAUCCACUUGAAGGUCAUUGAGCAGCGGCCUGACCCUCCUGUGGCCCAGGAGUAUGAUGUGCCUGUCUUUACCAAGGACAAGGAGGAUUUCUUCAACGCACAGUGGGACCUCACCACACAACAGAUCUUGCCCUACAUUGAUGGUUUCCGCCACGUCCAGAAGAUCUCAGCUGAGGCAGACGUGGAGCUGAACCUGGUGCGCAUUGCCAUCCAGAACCUGCUGUACUACGGCGUUGUGACACUCGUGUCCAUCCUCCAGGUAGGCCCCUGUGCCUCUCCUGCUGCCCUCCAGUACUCCAAUGUGUACUGCCCGACACCCAAAGUCCAGGACCUGGUAGAUGACAAGUCCCUGCAGGAAGCAUGUCUAUCCUACGUGACCAAACAAGGGCACAAGAGGGCCAGUCUCCGGGAUGUGUUCCAGCUGUACUGCAGCCUGAGUCCUGGCACUACUGUGAGAGACCUCAUUGGCCGCCACCCCCAGCAGCUGCAGCGCGUUGAUGAACGGUCAGAAGGGGAAGCUGAUCCAGUUUGGGCUCAUGGAGAACCUCAUCCGGAGACUACAGAAGUACCCUGUGCGGGUAUCUCGGGAGGAGCGGAGCCACCCUGCCCGCCUUUACACAGGCUGCCAUAGCUAUGAUGAGAUCUGCUGCAAGACAGGCAUGAGCUACCGUGAGCUGGAUGAACGGCUGGAAAACGACCCCAACGUCAUCAUCUGCUGGAAGUGAAGCUAGUGGGGGCUGGCCCCAGACACGGCUGCGUCUACUCUCCCACUAAGCACUGCCCGGUGCGUGAGGGCUAGACCACACACUAGGCCAUUCUAUCUCAAGGUUGACCCUCACUUCUGUAAAUAAAGUCAUCUAUUUCAGCCUA